GAGAGAAGAGAGAGAGGGAGAGAGAGAGAGAGAAGAGAGAGGGAGAGAGAGAGAGAGAGAGAGAAGAGAGAGAGAGAGAAGAGAGGGAGAGAGGGAGAGAGAGAGAGAGAGAGAGACAUUCACGAUGUCUCCGUCUCUGCUGCUGCUGCUGGUCAGCGCCGUCCAGGCUUCUCAUUUUCUAGGGACAGUGAUGACUUACUACCCAAAGAAACUCGACGCUUCUGGAACCUUAACGGUGGUCUUCCGCUACAAGCUGAACUUCCACGGAUGCACACAUACCGACAUAUGGGACUGCGUCAGCAGGAACUGUGGGACUCAGAGUCCUCCAGAGGUGAACGUCGUGGACCAGGAGAGCAGUGGAGAGUGGUGUCAGAAAGAGGGCGUCGUGACUCGGGCGUCUCUCAGCAGCGCUCCGUUGCAGCUUCAGUUGAGUGGCGUCGCCUGGAUCAGGAACAACAACCUCAUCAGUCGUUGGAAAGCUGUGACUUUGGUGGAGCUGAGGACGCGUUCGGACACCGGCCGGGUCAACGCGUCCCCCCAGACCACCAUCCUGCCAGCUCUGAGAGUUCCUUCAAACUGUCAGAGAGAUUUCCAGCUGUUGGCGUUCGACCCUGACGGCGACGAGGUCAGAUGCAGAUAUGGAAACACCACGGCAGCAGAGUGUAGCCCAUGCACACCGCCCUCCGUUCUCACACUCUCCUCCUCCUGCACUCUGUCAUUCUUCCCCACCAGUAACGAAGGUCCGUACGCUGUCCAGCUGGUGAUGGAGGACUUUACCAGGGAGAAUAUCUUCUUGACUCAAAGCAACGGGUCCAGAACCACCUUAAAUGCCAAAGUCCCAAUCAGCAAACUGCCUGUCCAGUUUGCAUUUAUUGUGGAUCCUAAGGUGGAGUCCUGCACAGAGGGACUCUAUCUGCCCAAGUUCCUGCCUCCAACCCCAGAAAACAGAGCUCGGCUGCACUCGCCUGUCCGUCAGUCUCUGGAAAUCAGCAUCAAUGCGAAGGCCAAUGUCUCCACGGUUUCUGAGCUGCUGUUCAGCGGGCCGCACAACCUCCUCAACACCUCCUCAGGAGCAGGACAGUACAUCCUGAGAUGGACGCCUUCUGAGGAGGAGCAUGGAGAGAGCCACCCCAUCUGUUUCGUCGUGCAGGCGGUUUCACAGUCAGUCAAGUAUCACUCUGAGCUCCGAUGUGUCAUUGUGACUGUUGGAAACGGCCUAACUUCUCCAUCCACAACAACUACCUCACCAUCUACAAACACUACUCUAUCCACAACAACUACCUCACCAUCUACAAACACUACUCUAUCCACAACAACUACCUCACCAUCUACAAACACUACUCUAUCCACAACAACUACCUCACCAUCUACAAACACAACUCCAUCCACAACAACUACCCCACAAACUACAAACACUACUCUAUCCACAACAACUACCUCACCAUCUACAAACACUACUCUAUCCACAACAACUACCUCACCAUCUACAAACACUACUCUAUCCACAACAACUACCUCACCAUCUACAAACACUACUCUAUCCACAACAACUACCUCACCAUCUACAAACACAACUCCAUCCACAACAACUACCCCACAAACUACAACCACUGUUGUCGCUCUGAGAAUGAGACUUGUGUCUUCAACUCCACUGUCUGAGGACGUCAUCAGGAGUACCGUCAUACAACAGAUAAGAGAUGAACUGGUGAGACUGCUGUCAGUCACGACUGUACUCAUCAGAAGUGUGCCGUCAACUCCUACAAACACAGCGACCCCUGGUGGUUCAACGUGAACAUGUAUGAAACCCUGCAGGGACAUUUUGGUGUCAGAUUUACUUUUAACUUUUAAACAAUCAUAAUGUAAAAACAUUUGAACAUUCAUUUUAUUAAGCCUUU